CUCCUCCUCGGGCUCGGCGCGCGGCCGGGGCGCAGGCAGCUGAAGCCGCUCGCGAUGGAAAAUCUAAGCAACUGCCACGAGGCUGCGCGCCCGGCCGCCUGCCCCGCCUGCCGUGGAGCCCCGCAUGCGCUGACGGCUACGAUGCCCGCGGGGCCGCUGCUGCCGCUGCUCGGGGGCCCAGCGGAGCGCGGGCCAGGGGCGCCGGGCGCGGGCGCGGGCGGCAGGAAGGGCGCGGGCGCCGCCGCCUUCCGCCUGAGCGAGAAGUUCGCGCUGCUGCUGGUGUUCAGCGCCUUCGCCACGCUGUGCUUCGGCGCGAUCUUCUUCCUGCCCGACCCCUCCAAGCUGCUCAGCGGGGUGCUGUUCCACGCCGCGCCGCCCGCCGCCCCCCGGCCCGGGCCCGGCCCCGGCCCCGGCCCGCGCGCCCAGGACCCCCUGGCCCGCAUCCGCGAGAACCACGAGCGCGCGCUGCGCGAGGCCAAGGACACGCUGCAGAAGCCGCCCGAGGAGAUCCGGAGGGACAUCCUGCGCGACAAGGCGGAGGUGGCCCGCGACCAGCGGCGCGAGUCGGAGCCGGAGCGCGGGCUGCCGGUGCUGCACUUCGCGCCGCCCGUGGGCGUGGACAACCGCGAGCCGGCCGACGCCGCGGCGCGCGAGCAGCGGGCCCGGAUCGCCGAGAUGAUGAAACAUGCCUGGAGUAAUUACAAGCGUUACGCCUGGGGGCUGAACGAGCUGAAGCCCCUCUCCAGAGAAGGCCACUCGAGCAGUCUGUUCGGUAACAUCAAAGGAGCAACUAUAGUUGAUGCCCUGGAUACACUUUUUAUUAUGGGAAUGAAAGAUGAAUUUCAAGAAGCAAAAUCAUGGAUUGAAAAAAAUUUAGACUUUAAUGUGAAUGCUGAGGUUUCUGUUUUUGAAGUAAAUAUACGCUUUGUUGGUGGACUACUAUCAGCCUACUAUCUGUCUGGAGAAGAGAUAUUUCGAAAGAAAGCAGUGGAACUUGGGGUAAAAUUGCUACCUGCAUUUCAUACUCCUUCUGGAAUACCUUGGGCAUUGCUGAAUAUAAAAAGUGGCAUCGGGAGGAACUGGCCCUGGGCCUCCGGAGGCAGCAGCAUCCUGGCAGAAUUCGGGACGCUGCACCUGGAGUUCAUGCACCUGAGCCACCUGUCGGGAGACCCCGUCUUCGCUGAGAAGGUGAUGAAUAUCCGAAAAGUGCUGAACAAACUGAAAAAACCGAAAGGCCUUUACCCUAACUAUCUGAACCCCAGCAGUGGACAGUGGGGUCAACAUCAUGUGUCAGUCGGAGGACUUGGAGACAGCUUUUAUGAGUAUUUGCUCAAGGCGUGGCUAAUGUCGGACAAGACCGAUGUGGAGGCUAAGGAGAUGUAUUUUGACGCUGUUCAGGCCAUCGAGACUCACCUUAUCCGGAAGUCAAGCGGGGGGCUGACUUACAUCGCGGAGUGGAAGGGGGGGCUUCUGGAGCACAAGAUGGGCCACCUGACCUGCUUCGCCGGGGGCAUGUUUGCGCUCGGGGCCGAGGGGGCGCCCAAAGCCCUAGCCCAGCACCACCUGGAGCUCGGGGCGGAAAUCGCACGCACCUGUCAUGAGUCUUACAACCGCACCUUCAUGAAGCUGGGACCAGAAGCCUUCAGAUUCGAUGGCGGUGUGGAAGCCAUUGCCACAAGGCAAAAUGAAAAAUACUACAUCUUGAGGCCGGAAGUGAUUGAGACUUACAUGUAUAUGUGGCGGCUGACUCACGACCCCAAGUACCGGAAGUGGGCCUGGGAAGCCGUGGAGGCGCUGGAAAGUCACUGCCGCGUGACCGGGGGCUACUCAGGCCUGAGGGACGUGUACUUUGUUCACGAGAACUAUGACGAUGUGCAGCAGAGUUUCUUCCUGGCGGAGACACUGAAAUAUCUGUACUUGAUAUUUUCCGAUGAUGACCUUCUCCCCCUGGAACACUGGAUCUUCAACACCGAGGCCCACCUGCUCCCCGUGCUCCGUGCAGAAAAAAAGGAAGUUGAAGUCAAAGAGAAAUAAAGACACUUUCUGUUUUCUUCUGCUUCAUUCCCUUCACUGCAUACCUUAAUGGGUCCUUUCCUGGUAAUCAGGCACAUGAUGAACUUCUAUCAAUAAGUCUAUGGUUAUUCUAAGUUCAAAAGUCGUUUUGCAGUCUUUUAUGUUUAUUAGGAGGCAUAAAUCCACCUUCAUUCCUGUUCCUUUCUUACUCAGCCAAUAGACUCACAGAGUUUGUUCGUUUGUCUGUCUGGUUUGUUUCAUAGCCUAUCAUCACUGCAGAUCAUCGAGGCGUGGCGUCAUUUCCGUUACAUGAGUAACCUCUUCAUAAUGAUUUGAUUUGACUGCAAAACUUUUUCCUCCUCUGUGAGGAGAUGACGUCUGCUUUAAGCUGUAAUGUUUUGCCAUGUUGCAAAAAGCCAUAAUAAUAAAUGAAAUAUUAAAAAGCUUUUUCCUUUUCAAUAUCAUGUAAACAUGAUUUGUCUUUCCACCAGAGACACAUCUUCUGACUGUGACAGCCUCCUUAUGCGGGUCUAUCAUUAUUUGAUAGGUAGGAUGUCUCCUACACAAUUUCACUCACCCUACAUUUCAGACUAGAAAGUCAUUCCCAGGGAGUCAUCUCAUGUUGACCUCAGAUCAUCGAAACCACAGUAUGUUUGGGUUGUUGAUUACCUUGCUGUUUCCUCAGUGGGGGUGAAUUGUUCUUGACUUUUGCAUUAAGUGUCUGGUGUCAUUUCUGGACCAUGGGCUACUUCAUUCCUUGCAUUCCUCGCUCCACAGGAAGGUGAGCUCUCGGUUGUACAGAGCUCGCCAUUGGUGAAAGACACUUUUUAAAGGGAAACAGUUGCUGUUAAUGUGCUAGCUUUUGCUUUUAACAGAAUAAGUAAACAAAUUGGGUCUCUAAAAAGAGAAUGAGGGUUUCAUGUGGCUAUUCAUUUAUUUCCAUCUCAUCUUAAAUUUUUUCUUAAGAAAAGAAGCAUUCCAUUUGAUUCAGAUUUUUCAAGUUUUAAAAGGAGACUUUCUCAAGUGUAGUAAAUUAUUUCAUUUGAAAGUGGGAUUUGACUCAGUGGGAGAAGCUUUGGCAGUUUAUUCACAGUUAAUUAAGAAAAGUCUAACAAACUCUUAGGUCAAAUAAGAAUAUAUUUAGUAUGGUUAAAUUAAACAUGGUGAUUCUAACUUAGAAGCAACAUAUAGGAAUGGAUACCUCAUAAUUUGUCUGCAGCAGAUCCAAAUAACUCUUUAACUCCUCUAAACAUUAAAUUUUGAAAGAAAGAGGAACAGUUUUCCCAAGAACAGAUUUGGUGAGACCUAGUGUUUUCUUUUCACAUUGGUCCUAUUUCCAUAGAAGGCCUCAUCCGGUGCUGUGUAUGCCAAGGUGCAAAGACUGACAGCCUGAAUUUUCACCCUACAAUGGUCAGAUCUGUGCGCCCUCUGGGUCAGGCCAAAGCGUACAAAGCCGCUAUGUUUUAGUUUAAAAUUGUCCAGGAUCAGCAAUUUCAUAUGAUUCAACCUAGUACUUUUUAAACAAUUAUUUGUGUGUAGAUCUCUUUAGACAACACUUUUAGAUAUGUCAGCUUUUUAAAUGUUUCAGAUUUCCUUCGAUAGGACUAGUUUGUAUGGCCUGUUUUUGUUUGUUUUGUUUCUCAUUAUGGUACCUUGGUAUGUGUUGGAGACAAAGUCGGUAAAUUACAAAGGUCCCUCAGUACAGCAUUCUGGCCAUGUUAAGGCAUCCGUGACCCAAAAUAACUUCUACUUAUGUCUUAAGCUCCCCUAAAGAAAUGCCUGGACAAGUACUUUUCCUCAAAACUGUAAGGCAAAAUAGAUUACCACCCAAAUUGGUUGUAUGUAUUUAUGUUAUACUUUUCACAUGAACAUCCUUGGACUAGCGAUUUACAUUAAUGAAUUUUCUUUGCAUUUCAAUGUGAUUCGAAGGUACACACAGAGCUGAUCUGUCCACCUGCAGCAGGGAGAGUGUGGGAUCAGGCUGUGUGUACCUCACAUCACUGCAGUGAGCCCGUGUGCUCUACUGAGGAGACAGGAAGCUAUGGUACAUGUUGCUCUGUCAAUGGCAAGAAUAGAUUUUUAGUUCUAGAAUUUGCAGUUUUUUAUCAGAAGUCCCAAAACACCAAAAAUGUAAACAAGAGAUUAAUAUUAUAGUGAUGUAAUUUAAAGUUAUACUUUGUGUUAAUCAUAUUAAACAGCUGAAGUCUCUAGGUAGACACUGUCAUUCAUUUGCACCAAAACUACAGCUGAAGUGACAUAUGUAUUCAUAUCCUUUAAGAUGAGCAAUUUAAAUAGCACUUAAUUUUGUGUUUACACAGUAUGUUUUUGAUACACUUUGUGCAAUCAAUAUUACAUAUAAGUUGUAUGCCAAUUUUCAGAACUCAGUGACUUCUUUAUCAUGACUUUUCAUUUCUAUUACCCACUCUUCACAUUGAUUGUUUCUGAUUUGUACAUAAAUCCAUUCUCAUUUCCAACUUUAUAUAAACUAUAAACCUCUAAUGUUAUGAGAAACAUAAUAGACAUAAUUUUUAAAAAUUAUAUUUGUAAAAUUUCUCUAUUGUGAAUAAAGUCUGUUAAUAUAUCUC